AUGAGUAAUCAUCAUCAUCCAACAACUAGAAGUUCAACCAAUCUAUCAAAUAAUUUAAAUGAAACAAUGAAGAAAACUCCGUCACCCCGUCGUCAAACGACACGUUCAACAUCUAAUCUAAAUAAAGAAAUCUCAUCUUCCAUAAACUCGAAUAAUGAACAAUGUAUACAAGUGGUCAAACCGGUUGCCGUACGUCCACCAUCAUCAGAUUCGACUCAAAGUUCAUAUAAUCUAAGAUCACGAACUAAAUUAAAGAAUUCCAGUUCAAACAAUAUCGAAGUCAUCCCGUCAUUCACAGAAAAACUUUCAUUAGACACACCAAGUAUUCAACAGAAACCGGUGCCACCAUUGACUCGUGCUGCUGCCGCAUCGGCNAUUGUUUCUCGUUAA